CACAGCUUGGCGCGGGCGGUGGCGCGGGCGGUUAAGCGGCAAGCACAAGUGACGCAAGGCGUGCAAAAUGUAUAUGAUGAUGAGGAUUAUCUUUUGGCGUUGAUCUUGAAAGAUAAAUUAGAAGAAACAGAGUGCAAAAAAAAACUGAAAGAAUACUGCAAAGGUUUAAGAACUAUAAAUCCUGGAUUAGAUAAAGUAGAUGAAAAACUACAGAAAGUAUGUAAAGAAGAUAAAACAGCAGAAAAAAAGUGCACAGGAUUAAAAGAAAAGAUUAAAGCAAAAUGCACCGUAUUCAUGAAUGAACUUAAAACAGAAAGUGGAAAAAGUAUUUCAAAAUUGAAAGACAACGAUUGCAAAAAUAAUGAGCAAAAAUGUUUGUUUUUAGAAGGAGCAUGCUCUGAUGAUCUUAAAGAGAAGUGUAAUGACUUAAGAAAUAAAUGUUAUCAAAAGAAACGUGAUGAAGUGGCAGAAAAAGCUCUUUUAAGAGCGCUUAAUGGUGAUCUUAAAGAUAAGGACCUGUGCAAAAAAAAGAUUGAAAAUGUUUGUCUUUUGUUAGGCCAAGAAAGUAACGAAUUAAUGCAAAAAUGUUUUGAUACAGAAUCUCUAUGUACAUCUUUAGUACAAACAAUAAAGGAUAAAUGUGCUUCUUUAAAAACGGAGAUAGGAAAAGUACUAACUACUGAUGGGAAGUUACAAAAAAAAGAGCAUUCUUUACUUGAAAAAUUACUUGAAAAAUGUCAUUUCCACUAUGAGAGCUGUAAAACAGAAAAUCCAGAUUGUAAUAACUUGAAAAAGAAAUGUAAAGAUGCAGGAAUAACUUAUAUACCACCAGGCUUAAAAUUUGAUCCUACAAAACCAGAAGCUACACUGGCGGAAAAAAUAGGUUUGGAAGAACUUUACAAAGAAGCGGCAAGACAAGGAGUUGUAAUUCAAAGAGCACUGGAAAGAGAUAUUGUUGAUCUAUUAGUGUUUCUGUCAGGAAGUAACCCUUUUGAUGACACACAAUGCCAGAGUGUACUCAAUACUAAAUGUAGUUCUAUUGAAUAUCUAACACAGGGUCUAAAAGAUUUAUGUGGAAAUAAGAGCAAUUAUACAAAGAAAUGUAAAGAAUUUAAAGAAGAAUUUCAAGAAACAAAGGACUCUCUGGAAGUAAAGUUUAGAAGCAAUUUAUUUGAAAAAGAAAUUAAAUUAUGGGGUGAAUUACCGAAAUUUCUUACAGAAAAUGAUUGUGUAGGGUUACAAUCAGACUGUUUUUAUUUUGAAGGCCAAACAGAUUUUGAAAAAAUAUGUAAGAAUGUUAAAGCAGCGUGUUAUAAAAAAGGCCUUGAUGCAUUAGCAAACCAAGCAUUACAAGACAAAAUGAGAGGGAAAUUCCAUAAUAGAAACGAUACAUGGUUUGAAACACUUCAAAAAGAUUUGGUAAAGACAUGUGUAGAUUUCAAAGGGGAGAGCGAUGAAUUAUUCGUUUUAUGUGUAAAACCAACAGAAGGAGCUCUUACAGUAUUAACGGAUUUACAUACGAGGACAAACUUGUUGCAAGGAGAUUUAAAUGAAAGACGAGAUUUUCCUACGAGACAAGAUUGCGAGGAAUUACUGAAGAAAUGUCAAGAUUUAGAACAAGAUUCAGAAGAAAUCAAAUGGCCCUGUCGUACGUUGAAACACCAUUGUAAUAGGCUGGAGAUUGCAGAACAAUUGGAAGAGAGGUUGUUGGAAGAAAAAGUGAAGGAUUUGGACAAGUUCGAUUUAUGUUUAGAAAAUUUAGGAAAACGAUGCCAUGAAUGGAGUAAAAGAGGAAGAACUCGUUUUGCUCUUGCAUGUGUAGCACAGAAUAUUACUUGCAAGAUUCUUACAAAAAGCGUAGAAUCUAAGUGUACUACAUUGAAGGCACGUAUGAAAACAAAUGGUGUUUUGGAUAAAGCGAAAGAAGAAAAAACAAUGGAAGAAACAUGUGAUUCUUGGACACCCUAUUGCAGCAAAUUCAUGUCAAGUUGCCAAAGUCUAAUUGCCGGUGAUGGAAAAUGUAAGGAGCUUAACAAGGAAUGUGAAACGUUCAUCAAAAAGAAGGAAUUGGAACUGAAAGUAGUUGAUCAAUUGAAGGGUCAUUUAAAUACAAGAAAAAAAUGUAAAGGGGAGCUUGACAAAUACUGCACACAAUGGGCUAAUGCAAGUAAUGGGCUUGAAACUCUAUGCACUGAUACUACUAAUAGCAAGAACGAUACUGAAGUUAGGAAAAAACUUUGCGAAAAACUAGUAGAACAAGUGAAAAGUCAAUGCCCUGAAUUACAGAAAAAACUUGCAGAGACUAGUAAAGAGUUGGAGAAAAAAGCUAACGAAUAUGAGGAUAUCAAAAAAAAAGCAAAAGAUGCAAUGGAAAAAGCAAAUCUUGUUUUAUCAAAAGCGAAAGUAGAAAACAAUAAAUCGGCAAACGAAGUUGUGCCUAGUGCACCAGCUGUACCCAGCGGAACAAAAGACACGAAGUUGUUUAGACUUAUAAGAAGAGAUGCAACAGUGAAAGUAACAGAAGACGAAGCGAAAGCAUUUGAUUUGGUUGCACAAGCAUUUGGACUCUACGUAGAAUUGAGAGAGAUAUGCCAUGAUUUACUAAAAGGAUGUGGAUUUAAAAAGGAAUGUGAUUGUGAUGAUCUAUGCAAAACGAUAGAAAGUAAAUGCCAUGGAUUGAAGCCACUAGAUGUGAAACCAUACGAAAUAACAACUAAAAACAUAACAACUACAACCACAACCACAACGACGACAACAGAAACCGUUAAAGACGCAAAGGCAACAGAGUGCCAGUCUCUACAGACGACAGAUACGUGGGUCACAAAGACAUCGACCCAUACUAGCACUUCUACGACUACGUCCACAGUCACAUCAAGAAUAACACUCACCUCGACGAGGCGGUGUAAGCCUACGAAGUGUACGACUGGAGACGAUCCAGAGGAUGUCAAGCCAAGUGAAGGUUUAAGAAUGAAUGGGUGGAGUAUAAUGAAGGGGAUGAUAGUAGCAAUGAUGAUUUCAUUCAUGAUUUAG